AUGGACUCUCAUCCUUCCCCUACCAAACAAAAGGCCUCCAAGCAAGCCUGCGACAACUGUCGUCGGCGUAAGAUCAAGUGCUCGAGAGAGCUUCCCUGCGAUAAGUGUCGACGCCUUCUUCUUUCUUGUUCCUACAGUGAUGUGCUCCGGCGCAAAGGCCCCAAGUUCCGCACCUUAUAUCCACUUGCGCCCAUUCAUCCCCUGGUAUCACGACAACAGAAUACAUACCAACAGAAUUCGUCACAAAAUCCGUUAAACAAGCAAUGGACUGCAGAUGGAGUGGGCUAUCCGUUAAGCUCACUAAUGUCGCCUUCUUUCACAGUGGCAGACCCUCAAUACUUACCCCAUGACGCUCCCGAGCCGUUCUCUCAGUUUCCUCCGCCAGAGCUAGUCUCCUCACCCGACUCAACCAAUUCAUUGUCAGACUCUAGUAUGGCACUAGUGCGCCCUUAUGCACGACGCCUGUCUGCUCCGGUGCUACUUGCUCAUGUGAAUGUUUAUCUAAAAUAUCUGUUCCCCAUCAUGCCUGUGGUGCGGAAGGAGGAGCUUCAACAAGAUUGCCACCAGCCUGAACGGUUAUCGCCCCAACGAUAUGCCUUUCUUGUCGCCCUAUGCGCAGCCACACACAUCCAGCUGAAACUAGAUGGCACAGCAUCUGUCCCAGAACCUUCACACCUUCAAGCCGGGAUUGACGGGCAUUCCUGGAUGUCCGGCGAAGAGUUGCUGGCUGAAGCAGUACGCGCAAGGAAGGAUUGCGACCCAGUAGACGGCAUGAACAUAGAAAGCCUUCUUACGUCUUUCUUCCUGUUUGCUUCGUAUGGUAACCUGGACAAACAGGACCAUGCCUGGUUCUACCUUUGUCAGGCAACAUCCAUGGUCUUCACGCUGGCACUCCACCGAGAGUCAAGUUAUGUGGAUCUGAGUACCGAAGAAGCAGAGGAACGACGCAGGGUGUUUUGGCUACUGUUUGUCACCGAAAGGGGCUACGCACUUCAACAAUCGAAACCGGUAAUGCUGCGUAAUUCAAUCCGCAAGCCUCAAGUACUUUGCUCCGAAGAUCCUAUCUUGGCCUACGGUUUCAUCAAUCUUAUUAGCAUCUUUGAGAAACUGACCGUCAACCUUUAUGACUGGGUCUCUGCGGGAGGCAUGGACGGCUCGUCCGAGAUGCCCCCUACAUCUGCUAUUCAGUCUAGUCUCUGCAACGCAAUUUCGGUCGACGGAGUCUCGGAGAUUCAAAAGGUCGACAUACUCAUCACCCAGCAAUGGCUACAGACAGUAAUGUGGAAACUUUCUAUGACUCGUGCUACUCAGCCUGGAUCUCGCGAUGAGGCGGUUCUUCCCUUUCAUCUCCCCGUUCUUGUCGGAAAAGCCGUUAUGAAUGUUAUUGGUGCUGCAUCCCAGGGAGCUGUUGAUGUUCACGGCAUUGGCAUGGAACAAAAAUUAUUCGACCUGGGUUCCUCAGUUGCAGACGUGGCACGAUCACUCAACUCCAAAGCUGCGCACCGCCUUACUGAAGCGGCCGUCGAUCCUCGCGAACUCCUUUGGGGCAUUCUUACCACCUUAUCACGCAUCCGCGGCUCUCAGUCCUACCUCUUUCCUUCAUUGUUGGAGCGAUGCAAAGGCGCCCUGGACUUUACCUCCCCCACGUCGAUGGGCAACUUCCUCCCUCCAUUAUCCACUGCUUCCACAUGGGAAGAGGAAACGGGGCUCGCCGUGGUUUCUGUCCCGGAGAAUCCUGA